UUGUUAGUUCGAUAUGAACGUAGGAGACUAUUAUUGUAUUAGAAAAAUUGAGAAUCUAUUUUCUUACGAAGAAAAUCUAUUUUCUUAUCUGUGAAGCUGUGAUCAAUGCAAUCAAAAUAUAAAUUAAAAGUAAUAAAAUUGAUGCCAUAACAUAUCAUUGCUACCUAUUCCCCGAAUCUCCUAUACUUAUUAGAAUAUUGGCAAUUUUCUACACUUCAAACGGUUAAUGGGCAUUGUGGAGUUGCGUGCAAAAUCAGUCGAUAUGUUGACGUGAGUCACAGAAGACGUGAUUGCCGUUGCUCCUUUUUUUUGGGAGAGUUCUACUUGUUGCGCCAUUGAUAAAUAAACCGGUAUGCAUAUGAAGUAACACACAAAAGAAUCAACUCGAAAACGAAGUAACAAAAAAAUACAAAACUCGUUCGCAACGGGAAACAAACAAUCACGUAUACACAUGAACAAAUGUCAUCAUUGGUCGAAUUUAGCGUUGAUGAAACCAAAUCAAUUCUGGAGCUCAGUUUAUGCGCAGCAUUCAAAUGGGACGGAGAUCAUACAUUCGGAUAACGAAGAAAACGGAGUGAAUAAGAGUUUAGAAAAAUUUCAGUUGACAAAUGUUGAAAUCGCAUGAAGAGUGGCGAAGAAGUGUCGAAGCUUUGGAAAAAUCACAAAUAAGAUAAUAUGAAACGACAAAGACAGUAAAAAGAUCGAAAACAAAAUAGUGACAAAAACGUGUUAAAUCAACUAUGAAAACCGAUCGUUUCAUGGCGAGUUAGUAAUUUUCUAACGACUCUCAAGUUUUAAAGUGAAAUUGUGCCGCAUCGACAUGAAAUUAGCGUGUUAAUUCCGAACCGAGUAAAGAAGAAGAAGAAAAUCAACAGACCAACAAAUUAAGUAUAAACAAUUACAUCGAGUGCUAUAGCCAAAACAAGAACGAACCAAACGCUUUGCUAACCCAAUUAGAAAUUGAAACGCACGAAAACGGCAAGCAAUCAUAUUGCUACCUUCGAUAAAGAAGAAAUACACACGUGGAGAUUGAUUGCUUUAAAGAAGAAUUCGAAGAAUAAAAAAAACACGAAAACAAACCGAACGGCAGCCAAAUCGUCGAAGUAAUAGCUACGCUAAACCAAAACCGUAUACGUUGAGCUUUCACAUAUGACGACGACGACGGUCGAGGUUUCGAAGACUGGGUGAGAACGAGAGACAAAAGCAGAAUUGGCCGCAUUGGUUUCAGUAUAGGCAAAACAAAAAAAAACAGAUUGAUAAAUAACAGAAAAGCAGAGAAAAAACUCCACCAGAAUCCAGUGUGUUUUCGUCGUCAUCAUCUUACCGACAUCGCAUUUGUUAUUGUUCAACUCGACAGCGUGUUGCAUACGUAUGUGAUCUCUCACGUUGUGCUGUGUGUUGUGGUUUGGUGAUCGUUUUUUUGGAAAACUGGAACUUUCUCAAUCGGUUGGCGGUGGCGCUGUGUAGUUUUGUCGCUGUGUGAAUUAUUUACGCCAGUCUCACAUUACUCGUUACGUUGUGUCGCAUUGGAAUUCUCUCUCAUUGAAUUGGCGUGCAAGUGCAGUUAGUUUGGCGCGCUCGAUGGUACACCACGGCUCUUGAGCUUUGAAUGGAUGUUUUUGUGUGCUUUGUUGUUGUUUUUUUUUAGCCAACAUAAAGUAGCUCACCAAAUAGCUAGUUGCAGUCUACGCGCUCGUUGUAUAUUUUUCAUUACUUACAAUUAGCUACGAAAUUGGCUGUUGCGAUAGUGUGAGCUGGUGCACGAGAGUGCUGUUAUUGUACACACGAAGCCUGUAAUUUUAAUCGGUUCUAUGAUCGCGUACACACAGCGUGUGUGAGUUCGAUUGUACACAUGACGGCGAGAGAGUAAAUAAAUCGACAUUAAUAUCUAGUGAGUCUUGCAAUAGCCCAGCACGCGCGCUCACGCUCACACACAGUACACGCAAGAGAAGUGGAAACUGUCUUGUUGUGUGUAUUUUAAUGUUUUUUUGCACACAUUUCGCAGCUACGAUCCAACGAUUUAGACAAUCAUUUUAAGUAGCUCGUUGCAUUCAACGGACGCGUUUUUUUCACCGUGUUGUUAUUAAUCGAAAAAUUCUAAAAAGGAAAUAUUCAAAUCGGUGCUAAUGGUAUACAUUUGAAUAAACCGAAAUCAGGUUUUAUUUCCAAUGAAGAAUUAAAGAAAAUAAACAGAAAAUAAAUUGUUAUUGUUGAGUUUGAUUCGACUUGGAAUUUGGUGUAGUGUAGUUAAAAUUGUUUGUCUUCAUUAGCAUAUAAUUCGUAUGCUGUUUGUGUGUUGUAUGACCGGUUAUUAUUGUGAGCGCACCCAAUAAAAAUACAUUGCCUUUUUAACGUCUCUCUCUAUCUCUCUUGGUAAAUUUGUCGUUUGCCAAAAAUAAACGAACAGCGUGAAUUAAGAAUGUCGCAGGCGGUGGAAGAAAAUCUUCAGAUGUUACUGAAUGGGUUGCAGAUCAAUGAAGAUGUGGACACGCUAUGUGAUUUUACGCUUGAAGAGCAAAAUGCAGUGUUCGAAGCGCAAGGCAUUCAACCGUUGUCAUCGUCGGAUUUCGUUCCAGUGUUGGGUAAAACGGUGACCUACAUCGUUGCUUGCGUACUAAUUAACGAGUCUAAUGAAUGCCUGAUGAUACAAGAGGCGAAAAAAUCAUGUGCAGGCAAAUGGUAUCUACCUGCUGGCCGCAUGGAACAAAACGAAACAAUUGUUGAAGCUGCAAUUCGUGAGGUGGUCGAAGAGACUGGUCUCGAUAUCGAAGUGACCACAUUGCUUGGGUUGGAGUGUGCAGGCGGAUCAUGGUAUCGCUUCAUUUGCACUGGUCGCGUUCUCGGCGGAGAAUUGAAAACACCACAAAAAGCCGAUUCGGAAUCGUUGCAAGCCAAAUGGGUUGGUGAUUUAAAUGAGCUCAAUUUACGUGCUAAUGAUAUUUUACCAUUGAUUGACUUGGGACGCAAUUAUCAUCGUUGCCUGAAGAACCGUACCGUUGAUCGUCCGCUACAAUGGCACGGUAAUAUAUUACCGGCAGCUAAAUCACAUGCGAAAAAUUAUUUGCGUAUCGUUGCCGUAAUUAAAAAACGCAGCAAUAAUCGUGUUAAUAUUUUGUUGAGCGAAAAAAAUGCCUAUCAUUUUCCAAGCGUUGAAAUUCACCAUGCUCGCAGCAUUCAUGCAACACUACGAAAAUUUAUGAUUGAAUUAUUCGGCGCCGAAUUGCCACAGCAUCGACCGCACGGUAUUCUAUCCAUCGAACACUUACCGAAACAGGCUACGAACGGUAUGGUUGGCGCACAAAGCAACGGUUCAACACCCAAAGGAGAUGGCAUUUGCAUUACAUUGUUAUGUAUUUUUCGGCCCCCGCUCGAAGAAGUAUCGAUUUUGAAGAGUAAAUGCAUUUGGCAUGAAGUUUCCAAAUCACUCGAUGAUCAAGUUUGCGAUGUUCUAUUGACGAAAAAUACCACGCUUGCCUUACACGUAGUACGAUAAGCAGCCGAAAUGAAAUGGUGUUGAGAAAAUUCGUUUAAUUUUUAAAUUUAUUGUUACUAAACACCUAUCCCAUGUUUGAAAUGGUUUAGACAAACAGAUGGAUUAGUCAUUAUGAACGUAAUUGAAUCGUAGACACUAAAAAAAAUGAGUAGGCUAAAUAAGAUUGGAAAUGACACGAUGAUUUAUUAUUAUUACUAUUAUUACCGUAUUAUGUAUAUGAAUGUCGAAACGAAGAUAAAAAUUUGUAGCACAUUUCAAGUAUUUGAUGUAUUCGAAGAGAUGGAUAGAAACAAUUUCUGAUUGAUUUUAGCUAAUGGCUGAUAUUUUGCUUUAUUAUUAAUGCUAUUAUUACCUAUAUCUUAUUUUUCUUGUAUAUUUACUGACCUGGCGUCAAACUUUCCUAAAGUUCCAUUAAAAUAUGUUGUAUAAAUCGGAAA